AUGGGGAGCUCCUCGAAAUCCUGUAGCAGCUCAAGUAGCACUAAAAAUAAAAAAGAAGAAUCAGCAACCAUAACGAAGAAAAAACCUAACGCUAAAAACGCUGCGUUAUUAAACAGCCCUAACCAGAUGCGUGCAGCACAUUUGCUCAUGCAGCUGAAAAACGAUGGAUUUUCAAACAUCCUAACGGAUCAGCCUCUUAACAAAAGGGCUAAACCUAGCAACGAUGUCGAUAUGGAUUUCAUCGAGGAAUUCAACGAAAGUUGGAAGGAGGCGAAAAGAAGCGCCAAAUCGCCAACCCCAAUUGCCCCAGCAACAGAGCUCACACUACCAACGAAGAAAUCGCCACCAACCCGCAAGCUAACACCAACACCGCCACUACCAACACCGCCACCACCAACACCGCCACCACCAGCACCGCCACCACCAACAACGCCACCACUCCAGCUUCCACCGAAACCAGCACCAGCGCUGCUGCAACACCAGGAGAAGUCAUCGUAG